CGCCCCGCCUUCUUUCUUCUGCAGGCUAUACAUAGAUAGAUAAAUAUGUGCUUCUGUAUUUUUGACAGCCAGCCACAGUGGGGAGUUAAACUACUCUACCCUUUCUGCAACAACAAAUCUGUGGAUCAAGUUCCCAAAAGCCCAGAAACGAAAAAGUACAAUCAAUUGAUGAUCAGAGGUAUCUAUCUCUCAUCAUCAUCUUGAUAAAGACUUGAAAAAAUGAUGAUUAAUUACAAUAGAGAUGAUUACUGAUCAAGUUUGGGUUAAGCUCAUAUGAGAGAUGGGGAUUGGGGGAGGUGCAACUAGGUUGAAGUUAGAAAAGACUAUACCUUCAAAAUGGUAAAAUAUAGGUAAAAUUAUUGUAACAAAUUUUCUAGUUGGUAAGAAUUUAAUCCCUUCUCAUCUUCAAAUCAAUCUUUCAUUCCAAUUUCUGACUCCAUCACUAUUUGUAACUAGCCUUCUCUAUCCGAAGAUCGACCUGCAAAUAAACAAUAGGCACUAUAUAUCUACUUACGCACAUAGUUGUGGUCAAAUACGUACGGAUCUUCAGUGGUGAUGAUCUCGGGUUUUGAUAUGGGAAAUAUAGUCUAUCCAUCUUUCACCAUACAAAACCCAGAAUAUGGCGAGAUCAUUGAAGGGUAAAGAAGCAAAAGCGAAUGGAUUAAGCUUUUCAAGGAGGGAAAGCUGCAGCCAGCAGGAGUAAUCAACGAGAAAGUAUAUAAAUUAAAGAAAAACAAAAUUGCGAUCCUUUGUUAUCUCCGCAAACACGCACAAAAAUUUACCAGAAAAGACAGUAGUGCAAAGAUAUGAACGAGAGAGACAGAGAGGGCCAGAAUUAGUAGCCAAUAAUAGCAAGGAGAAGCCGUAAAACUCAGGAUGGAUAGCGCCAGCCAAAUACAAGAACGGGAAUCCGUUUUUUUGUUGGCGCUAUCCCUCCUGAGCUUCACAGCUUCGCCGACGCUGCUGCGCCUCCGAGGGGGGGAGAGAAAGAGACUGGAGGAUGGUGGGAGAUGAGAGAUGAGGGAUUAUAGUGGAAAUGAGAAGUGUGUAAUUUAUAAGCGAAGAGUAAUACGGGUAAUGGCAUAUGUCGUAAUUUCGGUACUGGACUCGGCCGCCGGACAAGACACGAAAUUGCGAUGACCAUGACCUUUUUUUUUUUUUUUUUGCCUUGGUUCUCUUGUUUCCUUCCUCGAUUCAGGAUAUUUGCUGGUUUCUUUUAUGAUUUUAUCGGAGUAUUUUUUUUUAUAGUUUUAUUUGGGCUUUUUUUAGUUUCUAGAAAAUUAAAUGAAAUGAAAGCAGAAAUAGAAUCGUUCAAGGUUUGGUGAAUUGUUUUCCAAUUGGUCAAUUAAAAACUUGCAGUAUUUUAAUGCUAAUUGCAUUUUUCAUCUUCUACGUAAGGAUGACAAUAAAACCUGAAUUUACCUUUUCCAAUUGUAUGCUCUAGAUUGGUGUUUUUUGUAUGAGAAAAUUUGUGUUAGACUUUUAUUUUGAAAGAAACUUGUUAUUGUAAAUUUUUUACACAAAAAUCCACGGGGACCCAUGAACCCGCGGAUACCCAGCAGAUUGGGUUGGAUUUAAGUUUUUCAAACCUUACGGGUUUUACCCCGAAUUUUUUUUACGGAUAAACCCAUGGGUUUGGGUUUGAAAAUUUUGAUAAAUCGAACUUAGUCAACGUAAAUAAGAAUCGAAAACACACGAUAUACGUGGUAUCCCCGAGAUUCGGGACUAGUCCACGGGAGAGUAGCCUCUCCGAGCUUGUAUCUUAUUCUCUGUGUAAUCGAAUGACGAGAUACAGCCACAUCCUGAAAGCAGAAAUAGAAUCGUUCAAGGUUUGGUGAAUUGUUUUCCAACUAGCUUGUAACCCGGCCCGUUGGCCGGAAUAUUCAUAUUUGAUUAUUUAUAUUUUCAUGUUAGGUUUAAGUCUAUCAACUCGUUUAAUUUUAUUGACAAUUCUUCAAUUGAGAUGAUACAUAAAGAAAGAAUAUACAGGUCGAACAUUUCGAUAAAUAUCAUCAUCAUUUAAGAAUAUAAAAUAUAAAAAUGUAUCAUCGAACCCAUUUUCAUAAUGCCAAUCCUACAUAAAGGUUCAAUGCUCUCCUUUUAGGAACAAUAUGCCACUAAUCAAAAAGAAAUUGAGAGUUGUUGAUUAAGUCAACUAUAUACUAACAACUCAGCUAAGAGGAGACCAUCAAAACUUGAUAGCAAACGCCAAAAUUAGGGUUAUCUCAAAUAUACUAAUAGACUCGAUCAAAGUAACAAGGAACAAAAUUAGACACUCAUUCUCAAUUAGUUCCAGAAUGUUGAAUAAAGAAUCAAUCGACCUACUUCAGUAAAUCAAUCGAUGAUUCCACGUUUUAAGAUAUAAUUAGGUUGCGAUAGUUGCAAAAAUCAUAAAUCUAAAGAUCCAAUAACCACCACUCUCUUUUGCACAAUAAAAUUUUGAUCCACUCUAUCUUCAAUCUCAAGAGGCGUAUGUUUCAACGAAAAAUUCAAUUUCUAAUCCUUCUUCUGCACCUCCAUUUAUUGAACUCCCUUCUAUUCUACAUGGAUUGAUAUCAGAGUUGAAAUAUUUUGCUUGCCCAGUUUAAAUCCCCAAGAAUAAAAUCGUAGUGUCAAGAGAUACUAGAAGAUUGAUUUUCAAAGGCGGCCUUGUACUGUGAAGUGAAAGGGGUGCAAACUAUUGCACGAUGGAGGGAAUUUCGGAGGAAGUUAGAAAGAAAGAAGAACAAAGAUGAAAAGUACUAAAUUUAAAUAUAAAUUAAAAAAUGCAAGGACACAACACGUAGUAAUAAAAUUAGUUUCUUCCAAGUUAGCCAAUUAUCAAUUUACCUGUAGAGAAAAUUAAGGAGAGAGCAGUAAUAUAAUUAGUCCCUUUGGGGACAUCCGAUAAAAUAGGAACGAAUUAGUUUCUCAAAUGUUAGCCAAUAACCAAUUUACCUUUAACAAAAAUUAAGGAGAGAGCAGUGAUAGAAUUAGUUUCUUCUAUAUUAGCCAAUUAUUAAUUUACCUUUAGCGAAAAUUAAGGAGAGAGCAGUGGUUUUAGAAUUGAGAAACUAAAUUAAACUCUGCAAUGAAAAUUGCAAUAUCAAGCACCAUAGAAAUACAUUCGGUAGACUUAGUGGGCUUGCUAAUCAUGAUGGAAAAAGUCCUCUGAUAUUCAAAGAGUCAUUUUGUGUAUGUUUUGCAUUGAAAAAGGUACAACAAAUUUGUUUAGUGUCAUUUGUUGUGAUUGUUUACAUUGUUUGAAGAGAUCUGGGUUCAAAUCUUGGUAUUGACAUUUUUUAUAUGGAAUAAAUAAUUAAUUGUAAAGACAAAAAUGUCCUUCCUACUUUCACUCUCGUUGCAGAAAAUUUGAAAUAGAGAAAAGUAGACAAAACUCUACUAUAUAUUGCUAGCUUUGCACCCGGUCCUUUGGCCGGGUGAGUUUUAUUUGAUUAUUUAUGUUACUUAAGUUAAUUCUUAUAAUUACACUAUUAUUUUAUAUAUUUUAAAUAUAUUCUUUAAAAUAAUCUAUUCUCUGACAUCUGAGUUCAAUAUUGAUCUACGAAAGGCUGAAAUAUUGCCUAACUUAUCAAACAAUCACUGAAUACUCAGUCACCAAUUUUAUGUUUUCAACUAUACUCCACUCCUAAUCGAAAAAUAUUGAAAGUCGUUUAAAUUGAUAAAUCGUAAAUCGAUUAUAGACAUAUGUUGAAAAUCCUUGUAAUUUAUUAUGGUUAUUUAUGAUGAUUUAGUUUAUAAUGGUAACUAUUGCAAAACAAUCUAUAUUAAAUCGUUUAUCAGUUUUACAAAAAAUAAAAUCGUGAAUCGUGAAGUGCCAAUAUAAGUAUUUAGGUAAAAACCUUUAGCCUCCAAAAUAAUAUUGGAACUAAUAUAUUCAAGAGAAAAAUAUUGAAACUAAUUAUCUCUUACAAUAACCUAUAGUCAAUAAUCUGGUCCAGAAAAAAAUUCCUUAAGAAUGGUUUCAUAAUUUUUUUUCUUAAUAGAAAUAGAAUUUGUCCAAAAAAACAAUCCAUCCCAUUUAAAUGAAAGCUUCUCGUUGUUAAAAAAACUAUGCGUACAUACAUAAUAAUAAAAACAUGGAAUUUUUGGAAAACAAUUUAACUACAUGCUUACAAAUCGGGAUAAGGAUUUUCCAUUUCACACGAAAAUUGAAUGCAAUUAAAGAAAAUAUAUAUAUACUUUAUUAAUUUUUUAUAGAAAUUGGAAUAAUUCUUUUCCACUUGCUACAAAAGAAAAAGAAAAUGGGGAAGGAUAUGUAAAAGGCCAGUUGAUGAAAGAAAAUCAAUAAGAAUUUAGGGGUCGUUUGGAAGUUGUGAUUGUUAGCAUUGUAUUUGUUAAAUACAUGCAUUGUCCACAAUACAACGUUUGGAAGUGUCAAGUUGCAAAACAAUGCAUGUAUUGUUUUGUGUGGGUCCCACCAACAAUCAACAAAAAUGAUAGAUUGUUGGUUUAAUUAUUGAGCACAUUUACUUUUUCCAAUUAUGUCCAUAGUUCUUUUUGUUUUAUAUUAAAAGUGGACGAUAAAUAUGACAUUUCCUUAUAAAGUAACUUUAUAACAAUCAAUUCAUAAAUUAUAAUCUCAACAACCAAAAAAUGUAAUUUCAAAAUGCAUCUAUUGUAUCAAUGCAUGCAUUUAUAUCAUAGUGAUUCAUAACAAUACAACGAUUUAAGAUACGCAACUUCCAAACGACCCCUUAGAUGCAGAAGAAGAGGAAGAGGAAAAAUGGAGAAAGUGACAGGUUUCAUAAAAAAAAGAAACUGAGAGAGAGAGAGAGUUGUGAUUUCGUGAAAAAAAUAAAGAGAGAGAAAGUGAUGCUGACGUGGAUGCAUGAUAGUGUAGGGAAUUUGAAACGGAGAAGGCUUUAUUUGGAAAAGUCUUAUUAUAUUUUAUAGAUUAGAUAGAUAGAUAGAUAGAUAGAUAGAUAGAUAUAUAGAAGAUUGGAGGAUUGGUCAAUCAAAAACUUGUAGUAUUUUAAUGCUAAUUGCAUUUUUCAUCUUCUACCUAGUAUGUAAGGAUGACAACAAAACCCGAACCCACGGGUAUCCUACCCGACCCAACCCGGUCAACGUUGGUAAAACCCGUGUUGACGGAUUUUGGAUUGAGUUUGGGUUUAAACCCACUACACUGUUCACGGGUUGAGUUUGUGUUUAGGUAUAUCCGCCCCAUGGGUACCCUCCCACACCCAUAUAAUUAAUUUUUUCGGUAUAAAUAUUCUAAGCAAUAUAUAUCUUUCUUAAAUAACUAAUCUUCUUUAUGUUUGUGGAGGCAUGUCUAAUUUGUUCUUUCUAAUUGUGUAGAAUGAAGUUGAUAUUAUGGAGUGGAGAUUGAAGAAGCUUAGUUGACAAGGAGGAAGAAGUUUUCAAUUAAUCAUGUUGUUUAUAGAUGUUUAUCUUUAACUUUGAACAAUUUGUAUUGAUAAUUUGCGAUUUGCUUGUAUGCUCUAGAUUGGUGUUUUUUGUAUGUAUAAUUUGUAUGAGAAAAUUUAUGUUAGACUUUUAUUUUGAGAGAAACUUGUUAUUGCAAAUUUUUUACACAAAAAUCAACGGGUACCCAUGAACCCGCGGAUAGCAAGCAGAUUGAGUUGGGUUUAAGUUUUUCAAACCCAACGGGUUUUACCCCGAAUUUUUUUACGGAUAAACCCAUGGGUUUGGGUUUGACAAAACCCGCCCCAACCCGACCCAUUUCCGUCCCUACUAGUAUGCACUACUUUUUUAUUUUACAAAGAGAUCGAAUGCUUGUCAUGCAUUUUAUUAGAGAAAACAGUUAUGAAGGAAUUACACAAUGAAGGUUGAUAGAAGGUCAAGUAUGAUGGUUGAGUUCGAGAGAGAGAGAGCAUUCUUAACGAGAGUUUUGGCAAUCCAGUUAAUUGGGGAAAAAACAUUUUCUAGGAAUACAAUACCUUGAUGAAAGGAUAGAGAGCAAAGAUGUCACCAUAACACCAAUCCACGCCGAAAAAGUACAUGACCGAGAGAUUAGAGUGCUAACUCAUAGCACCGUGAUAACUACUCUAAUCACCGUUUAUAUUUUUAAGUUGAAUCUGACAGUGGUUAGUAAUGAAGAGCUUGUUCAAUAUUUCACAAAAUUAUAAAUAAUAAAUAUAUUUUCUCUCUCCUCUAAUUAUUAGUCAUUUUUUCGAUAAAUAUGAAUUUGGGGUUGAUAGUAGUGUUUUAGUGAAUUUAAUUGUUAUCCGUAGUGAUUUAGAAAUUUUCUAGUAGUGAUUUAAUUAUUAUCAGUACUGAUUAGAAAUUUUCUAGUUGCAAUUUAAUUGUCAUUAGUAGUGAUUUAGGAAUUUUUUUGUACUGCUAUAUUUCUUGUGUAGCAAUUUAUAUUACCUGUGUAGUGAUUAAAAUAGGUAGUUACACAAGAAUCACUACUAAACCAUAAAAUCCUCAAUCAAAUAUGUAAAAUUGAUACUAAUAUAAACCAUUGUUAUUCAAAAUAAUUACCACAAAUCCGAAAACACUACUACAAAUAUGGAAAAUUACUAUCACAUAUCUGUAACAACUCCCAUUGUCACCGUAGAUCUAAUUGUGGAAUCUAGAGAGGAGAUCGAUAUGGCGCCGUGAGGGUUGCGUUAUCACCGCUGGAAGAGCUCCGCCAACGUUGUAGAGAUCCGCCAAUUUUGACGGCUGGAAGAGAUGCGCAAACAUGACGCCGACGUUGCUGGGACGAAUAUGAGAAUUGACAUCGAUGCGCGCAUGAUGACGGCGAGAGAGUAUGGCGUUGACGGCGCCGUUCCUAAGUUGUUCUGGGCGGCUACCCUCGGUAAUCGGCCAGCAAAGAGGCGGAAGGGACGGCACGACGAAAGCGAGUCCGACGAGAGCGAUGACAAGGCUGGUGCGAGCGAUGGCGUCACGACGGAGAAGGAAGAUGCAGGGGAUCAUACGGUUUUUGGCGGAGAGAAGAAGAUAGUUUCUGGCGGAGAAGGAGGGGAAAAGAAGUUGCGGGCGAGAGAGAAGUGAGAGGUAGAAAUCUGUAUUUAUAUUAGGGUUAAAGAAUAUAUUGCCUAAACUGCCUUUUAUUUAAUUCUAAUCCUAGGAUUAGUUUUUUAAUCUAACGAUAAUUAGGUUAGUUAGUACAGUGCUAAUCCCUUAAAGGGUUAUCAACUAAACUCAUCCCUUAUGAGAAGGAAGGGAGGGAGAGAACCUUGAUCAAUGACUGGCAGUCCAACUAAACUAUGCAUGGGGAGUUGAAGUGGCUCUCUAUGAGAGUCAUUUAUGAAUGACCAUUCAUAGUGUAGGUGAAUCUAAAAAAUUACUGAGAUUACU